AUGCUGACUAAAUCCUCCACCAUGCAGAGGAGGCCAAUCCCCUACAAUUACACCCUGAACAGAGCAUCCCAGGAAGAAUUAGGCCCAGGGAUCCAUCACCUGGAGAUCUGUGCCACCAGCAACACUGCCGCCAUCACCACCUCUAGAAACAUCACAUUCCACCUAAUGGAGCCUCUGUCUGGGCUUCAGGCCACCUGGGUUUCUGACCAGGUGGAGCUUGGACAAGACCUACUGAUCAAUGUCUCAGUGACUCAUAGCAUCCCAGAGGAGCUGAACUUUGAAGUUGCAGGACUUAAUGCAACCUUCUCCCAAGAGGAAGGAAACCUUGAGGAGCCAAUUGGGACUUACCUUGUGGCUGUUCCUCUUGAAGGUAUCUUUCUGGUCACUGUGCUGGUGAGGAAUGCCAUCUCAAACUUGAGUUCGGAAAUUGGAAGGAUCACUGUCACAGGCAAGGAGUUUCUGAAGAGGGCUGGAGUGUCUGGAACAGGAGCUGCAGCUGGUAGGGUCCCAGGAAUUCCCAAAGAGUCAGAGUCAUGCCCGCGCCCUCAGGCAGCUGCAGACCCUGAAAGGCUGCCUUGGGGUACAGCCACACACCUUGCCUCUGGCACAUUCCAGGUGCUGGGAUAUGCUGCUUUCUUUGCACUGGUCUUAAAAGUGGAAGAAGAACCUGUGGCCCCCUUACCUUGUGUUCUUGUUUUCACAGACCCCUCAGCCCUGUUCAAAGCCAGAAGAGACAGCAGAAAGGACACCUAUCAGCCACCCCUUGAGGCCAACAUUGAAAAGAUGAAAACCACCCACCUCAAAGAAAAGAAAGCAUUUGCUCUAAUCAGAGAAAUUCUGGUGCACCUGGGCUGCCAGUGGAUGCUAUUGUUGGUGGCCUAUGGGCAGAGGGACCCCAGCGCCUACCACUUCAACAAACACCUUGAGGACAGCUUCACCCAAGGCUUCUCAGAUGUGCUGAGCUUCUGGGGGUUCUUCACAUGGGCUAACACAACCCUCAUUUGCAACCUAUACAGUUGUCACCCAGCAGCUACAGGCCUCUUUCAACAGGUGUCAUGCACCAUAUUCCCUGGAUUUUGA